CUGGAAAAUAUCACCAUUGCCCCCCGUGGUAGAGUGUUGGGCGGUUAAGAAGACUCAUGUGUGUCGUCUGCAUGCAGCGGAGAUACGGAUGUUACGAUGGAUGUGUGGGAAGACAAGGUUGGAUAGGAUUUCAAACGAAGUUAUUCGACGUCAGGUAGGCAUGGCGCCGGUGGAAGAUAAAUUGCGGGAAGCGAGGUUGAGAUGGUUUGGGCAUGUGAGACGGCGGGAUGCUGAUGCCCCUGUACGGAGGUGGGAGAGGAUCAUGGUUAUCGGGGGAAGUAGGGGAAGAGGUAGACCUAGGAAGAAUUGGAAGGAGGUUGAGCCGGGGGUCUCUUGGAAACAGCUUCCCUACUUCCGAGUAGGGGCAAGUGAAGAGAAUAACUUAGGGGAAGGGGGUUUCGGUGACGUCCACAAGGGCACUUUGAAGAAUGGAAAAAUAGUUGCUGUGAAGAAAUUGGCUAUAGAACAAUCCAAACAGAUGGAGGAAGAUCUUGAAAGCGAAGUGAAGCUCAUAAGUAACGUUCAUCACAGAAAUCUUGUUCGACUUCUAGGGUGUUGUACCAAAGGACUAGACAGAUUCCUUAUAUAUGAGUACAUGAAAAACAAUAAUGUUGGCGAAUUCCUAUUUGGGGAAAAGAGAGGUUCUCUCAACUGGAAGCAAAGAUACAGUAUAAUUUUAGGGAUUGCAAGGGGUUUGGCAUAUCUACACGAAGAAUUCCAUGUGUGCAUUAUACACCGAGACAUAAAACCAUGUAACGUACUUUUGGAUGAAGCUUUUCAACCUAAAAUUGCUGAUUUUGAUUUGGCAAGACUUCUACCAAGAGACCAAUCUCACAUCAACACCAAAUUUUCCGGAACGAUGUAAGUACAAAAGCAACUACCACAUACAUAGUAAAAUAGGAAAUUCAUUAUUACAUGAUUUCUGCUUCUACCCAACAUACAUAGAUUUUUGGGAGAAAGACUAAAAUAUGAAUAAACAUAAGGAAUGAACUAAAAUAUGAUUUUCAUGUUUAUAUCCUCAAUGUAAGACCUAUAAUGCCAUCAUUUGAUACCAAAGAACACUAUGGAAUGGCAAUACACAGUACCUCAUUAU